AUGGACCUCUUCGACCUUGACAACUAUUUUAGUAGAAUAGUUCCUCUGAAAGCCGUGCAGAAUGUAAUGCUAAGGUCUGCAAUGGCCGCGGUUGCGGCGAACCAGAUCGGGCAGAUGAUGGCAAACCAUUCGCCAUUGGAAGAUUUGCAGCAUCUGUUACCAUUUGUCGGAGACGACGGUGCCUUGCAGCACACGGACUGGUUUUACAAGGCCGCCAAUUACUACGACCGUGGGAUUUCCUACCUCCGAAUCUUUUUGCAGCGUUGGCUGAGCGAUACGAAUAACGAGGGGCUUACGGGACAUGCAUCGAGGUACAACGAUCCGCGAACUCUGCCAGAAACGAGCAAUAGCGCCGCGCUCAGUGCUUCUCCCCACAAGCGACGACGCAUAAGCAGAGCACAGUCAUCAGAUGGAGCAGACAUGGAGGCUUUGGUGGCUGCGAUAUCCGUGUUCUCGCUAUAUGAGUCUCUCGACAACUUUGCCGAGGACUGGUCACAGCAUCUUGAUGGAUUCAAAGCCCUCCUGGAAAGCAAGAUCCUCCCGCAGGCCGCUCUCUCUAUCCCCCGCCCACGCAAUCCUUUUAUUUCCAUGAAGGCAGGCCGAGCGGCUUUCUGGAACUUUGCCCGAGCAGAUUAUCUUGCAGCUUACGUCAAUCACUCCAAAACACGACUUGAUCCGGACAACUUGACCAUGUGGAAAGCAGCAGGUUUGCCUGUUAUGGAUGACGGAACCCUCAACUACAAUGAUCCGUCAACUCCAAUCAACGCCGUGGUUUCAUACCAACCCGGCGAUAGAGAAGACUUGGUAUCUUGCACGUUGAUCUGGAUUGUCCUAAGAACCAUGAAUUUUAUUGCACCGCAAGAAGACGCCACAGGAAGUUUGGCGGGCACUCCACGAGUAUUUGACAGCCCUGGAACGACCGUCAAAGCUGGUUCUGAGCCAGGUACACCAGGCGCUGUGCAAACUCGCGUUGCUCGGUGGAAACAACUACGUCGACAACUCGAAGACUGGUACGACAAUCUUCCUUUCACCUUUCAACCAUAUGCGAUUGCGGCUGCAGGGGCGCAGCAGCCUUCCGACCUCUUGCCGGAUGGCAGACCGCGUUUCGCCAGACUCUUCUUCAGUGUGCCAAUGUGUGCCGCUGCUCUUCAACUGUACCACUUUGCCCAGGUCCUUCUGCUGUUGAACCAGCCUGUUGACGAACAGGACGCGAGGCAUCCAGCAAACAGGCUUCGAAUGUUCCGCCAGGUCGCUGAAGAGUCAGAGCAUCACAGUCGACAGAUCUGCGGCAUCGCGUUGGGGAAGCCUCCACCAGCGGUCAGCAGACAAAUGGUGCACUCGCUCUACCUGGCAGGAUCAUGCUUUGAGGAGAAAGAGGACCGAAUUGUUGUAGUGGAAUUACUAGACAACAUUGCCAAGGAGACAGGUUGUCCAACGGCUCACCGGAUCAAAGAGUUGAAAGAGCAAUGGGGGUGGGAGGACGAGACGAUCAAGGAAAUUGCCUAG